CAGUCCGAAACAGAUGUCCCAAGCGUCGCUCUCACAUCUGACCAGAGAAAGUCUGCACCAUCCUGCUGUCACUGGUCAUGUUAACAGAGGAGGAGAGGACAAAACUCAUCAGUAGGAAUCUCUAAAAACUUCAACAAGAUAUCUGAGAUGACAACCAUGGAGAGUAAAGAGGAGAUCAGUGACACAGACAGUGGGAUUAUUGUUCACUCUGGUCCAGACAGUCCCACGUCUCCAGUGAAGGACCUGACGACCCACACCAGGGCCCUGAAACUAAAGCACCAGUCCCUGGAGGAGCGACUGGAGCUCUGCCUGCUGGAGCUCAGGAAGCUCUGCAUUAGAGAGGCAGAGCUGACUGGUAAACUGCCUUCAGACUAUCCUCUGAUGCCUGAUGAGAAACCACCUCGAGUUCGAAGGAGGAUUGGAGCUUCUUUCAAACUGGACGAGGGUCUAAUUCACCUGAAUAAUGAGGAUUCAGAGUUGCAUGCACUGGAGACUGACUUGGCGCUUCAGCGGCAGAUUUAUGAAGCAGCUCGUAAACUUUCCCUGGAGGAGAACCUCAGUAAACCCCAAAAGAAAAGCCGAGCACAGCAGUGCAAGAGGGAGGAGAAGAAAGUGAAGGAGCUGCAGGAGGCAGUUUUCCAGCAAAGGAUCAAGAGUGAGUGCAACUCACCAUGCAUCAACAUCUCAUCCAAACAAAACAAAGAUCUAAGUAUGUCAGAUGACAGCUCCCUGUCUGAUGUUGUGGCCCUGGAUGAUGAUGUGGACUCUCCCUGCCCUGUGUCUCCUCCAGUGCUGGGGAUUUCCUUCUCAGACCCUCUCCAGCUUUCGGCCAAGACUGUCCAGUCAUCCCCACAGUCCUCCAGUCAGAGCAGCGUGGAGCAUGAGCGCUCUCCCAUCCAGAACUCUCCAUGGAAAGAGUCGAGCCUGGACCAGCCUUAUCACAGGGCCACUAAACUGCAGUCUCCUGGCAGCAGCAGGUCCAGUAGUCCAGCAGGGACCCAGGUGUCUGCAGACAACGGUCGGGUUCUUCCCUCUCAGUUCAUUAAGAACUCAGCUCUGCGUCAGUCCCACUCCACCAGCGCCCCCUCCACCCCAGAGCUGCAUGUACGCCGGCAGUACUCCCAGUCCUUCAGACUUCCCAAAAGUAAGACAUCUGCUGCCUCAGAGAAUAAUCGAGGAAGAGCCCGGCCGCCCCCGCAGCGCCGCACCCCCGAUGUGGUGCUGCGUUCAGCCGAGUACUCCCCCCUACGCCCUUCUCAGUCCAGCUCUGAGGACAGCAGCUCGGAGCACUCGUCCUCCUCCUACAUGAGUUCUCCGGGCAGGGAUGGACCCACCGAGAUCCCAAAGCUCUGCCCUCCACCGUACGGAUUUCACUUUGGAUCUCAUAAGAAAGGACUGUCCACCUUCUCCAACAGCCCUGCCUCCCACAAGAACCCUGGCCAGCCCCAGCCCCAGCGCAGCCCGGCCCACUCCAGGAUCACAGACGACAGCCCACUCUCCCCUCAGGCCUUGGACAUGGAGAAAUGCUACAUGUCACCCCCUUCGGCCUGCAGCCCUCCGCAGAGACAGUGGCAAGAGGGAAUGUUGUCCCCAAGGAUUAUGCUGAAGCCGCCUCCCCCGUACACCAGGCUGGUGCGAACACCCUCCCUAAAGGAGUACCCGAACCACGCCAUCCGGCUGCUGCCCAGGGAGAUCGUAUCAGAGGAGCUCAAGUCCUGGCACCAGAGGAAUCAGAAGGGCGUCAAGAGCCCCACCUCACCUCAUCUGCCCUCGUUUAAGCAGGGUUCGGGUAACGUGGUCCUGCAAAGAGCUGCCGACGGGACUCCGCUGCAGUGGUUUGUUGCUGAAGAUGCUGAAAUAGUGAGUCAGGUGUAGUGAAGACCCCCUCUUUCCUCCUCUACAGUACAUUUAGUAGGAUGUUUGAAUAUUCCUUUUAAUUUAUCUUUGUAUUUAUUAACUCUGUGACUCUCUGUGAGAUUGUUUGUCUGAUGAUGUGUGACGCUGUCAUUGAUAUGAUGCAGAAAACAUGUCAGUACCCUGAGGAGCACAAUUCUGUAUUAUUAAUUUAAAACUUAAUGUAAGGUGGUAUGCCAGUUUUAUUUAUUUUGAGUUUUCUAAAUAUAGUUUCUACAAGGUGACUUGAGGUUCAUAACAUUUCAAUAAUGGGUCAUAAGAUGGUUCAUACGAUGUAGUUUCAAGAAUCUCAUUGUGUCUGGCACACAUUUUGCACGAAAAAUUCACCUGCAGUCGUUUUAAAAAGUUGCCUCAUUCUUAAUAUAAUUUUUAUUUUAUGCUGUAUUUAUCUAUUAUUUAAAGUUUCUCCCUUGAAACAUCAAAUUUUUUAAGUAUCUUUGAAAAAACAUUGCCCUCAUAUAUAUAUAAAUAUACAUAUAUAUGUAGUUUGACAUUUGUCUAGUCAUGAUGUGAAUUAAGAUGAAUUUUAACCCUUGCUAUUAACUCUCUUUAAUUAAUCACUGAUGCUGUUAACAGUGGUUUGAUGAAUGUGUCACUGCAGUAUGGUAUUUUGUUACUAACCAAGUGAUUGUAUCAGUUUUGAUAUUUUUUUGUAUAUUUAUAAUAAAAAAAAAAUACGAAUUCAA